GUCUGUCUCUUUUUCAGCACAAUCAUUUAAGGGGUCCAACAAAAUUCAAAUUUGUUGUUGAAACCAUAAAGAUUUCCUAAAAUCUCAUUUCUCAAUUUUCAAAUUUCAAAUAAUCCCGCCUUAUAUUUUCCAGAUCCAAGAAAAGGAAGCUUCUCUGUGAAACCGUAGCAAUCACAAACCUGAUUAUGGACGAGAUUGAAACAACUGAGAAACGAAUUAAACAAACAAUGGCAGAAGAGGAUGAUGAGGAAAAUGAAAUCGGAUUAGUAAUGGACGAAGAUGUUGAAACUGUUGCAGUCGGAUCUGAAGAGAUGGAAAACCUUAUUAACGGAGUUCUUGAAAAAAUUGAGCGAUUCACUCAACAGGUUUCAGAGAUGCUUGAGGCAGGGAAAACACUCUUUAAAGAUCUCAGUAAUGAAUUUGAAGAACGUAUUAUUGGAAUUCAUAAGGAACAGAUUGAGAAAUGGCAGGACGAGAUUAAGGAACUGAGAUCACUGGAUGCUAUGAACGAAGAAGCAAAUACUCGUCUUCAUAUGACUCGUUCACUGUUCCAGAAUGUUCAGAUUUGACCCACCUUGAUAAGAAUUGACAAAGACUAGAUUGAGAAAUGGCGGGGCGAAAAAAGGAAUUGAGGUUACUGGGUGUGUUUCACUCUCUCUGUUUCAAAAUGUUCAGGUUUGAAUUGAUCCAUGAUAAGGUACAUUAGUAUUAACACCAAACAAACAAUCCUAGUUUGCACAUAUUGAACCUUAAUCAGCUGUGUAAGUUGCUCAUUUACAUCGAAAUUAUUUGUAUUGUUUCUGAAGGAUCUGUAAGUCAAUCAUUUACUCAGUAUUAAGUAAUAUUUCAAUAACAUGGUCACAUAUUGGAUGCUGU